GUAGAAACCGGAAGUCAGAAUGCUAGCAGCCUGCGGAGCCACUUUACCCUGGAAGCAGUUCUUCAUGGACUGCUAAUCUCAUUCAGUGGGGAUUCUUCGUGUUGUCAUGUGCCUUACCACUGAAUGAUACGUUUUCCCAGCGGGCGAGGUUUAUUAAGAUGAAUUCAUGGCGGAUAUUAUAAAUCCAGAGAAUGAAGAAGAUCUGCAGGCUCAAAUUGAAGAGGUCGAAGCUUUGUCUUCUAUCUACGGAGACGAGUGGUGUGUGAUAGACGAAGCGUCCAGGAUAUUCUGCAUCAAAAUAUCCAGCGACGCUGAGGAGCAGAAACUGACGGCAUGCUUGCAGAUAAUCCUUCCACCCGAUUAUCCAAGCGCAGCCCCGCCCAUCUAUCAGAUCAAUGCGGCGUGGUUGCGAGGCUCCGAGAGGGCCAAAUUGGCAAACAGCCUGGAAGACAUCUACGUGGAGCAUGCGGGGGAGAGCAUCCUCUACCUGUGGGUGGAAAGAAUCAGAGAAUUCCUCGUGGAGAAAUCCCACAGCUCGGGACCAGUCAUUCAAGAAGAAAAAGUGAACGUAACUGCGGAGGAGGACGUGGAGGACGGCGAUGAAGGCGGUCCUGAUUUGCGCGUUCUCAGGGAAACCGCAGAGAAAACCCACUUCUUCUUGGAUCAGGCAAACGAUGAAGAGAUACCGCCGAUAAAACAUGGAAGCCCCAUCACGGACCGACGCAGCACCUUCCAGCCCCAUUUGGCACCUGUGGUCACGCCAAGACAGGUGAAGAUGGUCCUGGAGAAACUUUAUGAAAACAAGAAGAUUGCCAGUGCCACUCAUAAUAUUUACGCCUACAGGAUUUACUGUGAGGACAAGCACAGCUUCCUGCAGGACUGCGAGGAUGACGGCGAGACCGCCGCGGGGGGGAGAUUGCUUCACUUGCUGCAGAUUCUGGACGUGCGGGAUGUCAUGGUGGUCGUGUCUCGGUGGUACGGAGGCAUUUUAUUAGGGCCUGACCGCUUCAAGCACAUCAACAACUGCGCCAGAAACAUCCUGAUGGACGAGGGAUACGUCGCCUCCACGGAUGAGGCCUGCAAGUCAGGAGCAAAGACCAAGAGACCGAAAAGCAAGAAGACGAAGUGAAGUUCGGAGGAAACACGGAUUCGCUUUGCUUCUUAAAUAAACGAGAAGCCUCCCAUUGAGGUGACUUUGUGUUGUCGGGAAGUUCAAUUCGUUUACUUAUCUCGUUAAUUGUAUUUUUUUAAAUUUAUAUAUAAUUUAUUAAAAGUGCCUUGCGAAAAAUAUUUAAAGUGUAACCAACCUCCAGAUUGAUUUUUAUUUUUGCUGAGAAAGAAAGUGUCUAAAUAUGUCAUUUAGGGUUCUGUCUUCUUGUUUCUUUGUCCUUCUCCACUUCUGGCCGUUUCUAUUGGCUCCGCCCCCUUUUGUGGGAUUUGUCAUAACUUGCCAGAGUUGUGCUUUCACAAUGGGGAAAAGUUACACUUUAAAUACUUUUGAACUGUUUAAAACCACAAACUUCAGUGAUUUUGACUGGAGAUUUAUAUGUUAGUCCAACACAAAGUGGUGCAUAAUCCCCGUAUUGCCUCUCGUCUGCUUUCAACAGAAAAGCAGCCAAACAGCAUGAUACUGCCAACACCGUGUUUCACCGGUUGCUAAGAGGGAUGUAGAGUAUUUUCUGCCACCUUCUUGCUUUUGGUUUGUCCUGUUCCAACUUAGACCAGCGCACAUCGGGCAAGAAUGACCAAAAAAAUGUUCUGUUGUAUUUUCACCAGUGGAGACUCUUAAGUUUCAUACAUCUAUCUUACUGUACCGUAUCUAUUUACACUGAUAGACUACGUUUCCUGUGUGGCUUCCAAAAACUAUCAAGAACAAGUUUAUAUUGGUUCUGUAUAUGGUUCUGAUUUUUGCUGAGACUAAUUUCUGUAAUUCUACAAAUUAUUUAAGGGCUUCGGGGUAAAAAGAUGAUGAAUACAAACUUACUCCACACUUUUCAGAUUUUCAGUUAUGCACCACUUAAUUUUACUUUCAAUGCCCCUAAAAAACCCCUGAAGUUUCUGGUUUUAACAUGUCAGAAAAACCAAAUCCCACUUCUCUACGACGCUGAAUCCUCCGAGUCUGAAAUAUAUAUUUGUUUACCUAUAAGAAGUCUUCGAUGACGUGUUUACAGCUGGACGUAUUUAAUUAAAAAGAAUCCAUGACAA